UGCACCAAGCUGGCAGCAGACUUGCCUGCCCAAGUGCCAGCAUCUGCUCAGCUGCCCCCUGCGACCCAGGCUGCCCUAUUAUCUGGUCACCGUCCCUGGCCAUUGGGACUGCUUCUGAUGGCUGUGGCCUGCGCUGCCCCAGGGAGCAUCUUCUGUAAGCAGCUCCUUUUCUCUCUCCUGGUUCUGACACUAUUUUGCGAUGCUUGUCAGAAAAUUUCUCUUCAAGUUCCUUCUCAUCUUCAAGCUGAAACACUAGUAGGCAAAGUGAAUCUGGAGGAGUGUCUCAAGUCGGCCAGCCUAAUCCUGUCUGGUGACCCUGCCUUCACCAUUCGAGAAGAUGGCUCAAUUUACACAACACGUGACCUCAGCUUGCCUUCUGAAAGGAAGAGCUUUUUCAUUUUUCUCUCAGACAGUCAGAGACAAGAACAAAAACAGAUAGAAAUUGUACUGUCAGCAAGAGACAACAAGAUCCAAUCUGAUGCCGCACAGAACUACACCAUCUUUUACUCCAUAAGUGGACCUGGGGUGGACAAAGAGCCCUUCAAUUUGUUCUUCAUAGAGAAAGACACUGGGGAUAUCUAUUGUACCCGAAGCAUUGACCGUGAGCAAUAUGAUCAAUUUUUGCUGUAUGGCUAUGCAACAACAGCAGAUGGCUACGCCCCAGAGUAUCCACUCCCCUUGUUAAUGAGGAUCGAAGAUGAUAAUGACAAUACCCCCUAUUUCGAAUACCAGAAGACGGUCUUUAAUGUGCCUGAAAAUUGCCGAAGCGGAACUUCAGUAGGACAAGUGACUGCCAUAGACCUUGAUGAACCUGACACGCUGCAUACUCGUCUGAAAUAUAAAAUCUUACAGCAAAUCCCGGAUCAUCCAAAGCAUUUCUCCAUCCAUCCAGACACCGGCGUCAUCACCACAGCUACACCUUUCCUGGACAGAGAAAAAUGUGAUACUUAUGAGUUAAUAAUGGAAGUUCGAGACAUGGGAGGCCAACCUUUUGGUUUAUUUAGUACUGGAAGAGUUACUAUUUCACUUCUAGAUCAAAAUGACAAUGCACCAUAUUUCACAGAAACUUCUUAUGUUACAGAAGUAGAAGAAAACAGAAUUAACGUGGACAUUUUACGAAUGAAGGUUCACGAUGACGAUCUGCCAAACACCCCCCACUCAAAGGCUGUGUUCACGAUCCUGCAGGGCAAUGAACACGAAAACUUCAAAAUCAGCACAGAUCCAAAUACAAAUGAAGCAGUGUUGUGUGUUGUCAAGCCCCUGAACUAUGAAGCCACUCGCCAAGUGGUUUUGAAAAUUGGCGUACUUAAUGAAGCACAGUUUGCAAAAGCAGCAAAUUCACAAACUCCUGCGAUGUGUACAACAACUGUCACUGUGAAAAUUAAAGACAGAGAUGAGGGUCCUGAAUGCAAUCCAGCAGUAAAAGUCAUUCAGAGUACAGAUGGCGUCCCCGCUGGCCAGGAACUCCUAGGAUACAAAGCCCUGGACCCAGAAACACGCAGUGGGGAAGGCUUAAGGUAUAAGAAGUUAGGAGAUGAAGAUAACUGGUUUGAAAUUAAUGAACACACUGGCGACUUGACAACUCUAAAAAAACUAGACAGAGAAUCGAAAUUUGUAAAAAACAACCAAUACAAUGUUUCAGUCAUUGCAAUGGAUGCAGCUGGCCGAUCUUGCACUGGAACCUUAGUAGUUCAUUUGGAAGAUUAUAACGAUCACCCACCCCACAUUGAUAAAGAAGUGACCAUUUGUCAGCAAGAUAAGGAUUAUGCUGUUCUGCAACCUAUCGAUGAAGAUGGGCCUGAAAAUGGUCCACCUUUUCAAUUUCUUCUGGAUAAUGCUUCCAGCAGACUAUGGACUGUAGAAGCAAAGGAUGGUAAAACCGCCAUUCUUCGUCAACGGCAAAAUCUUGAUUAUGACUAUUACCCUGUGGUUAUGCAAAUAAAGGACAGACAUGGUUUAGCUGCAAAACAUGUGUUAACAGUGAAAGUAUGUGACUGCAUAGCUCCAUCUGACUGCAGAAUGACUGAAAAGAGUGUGAGAGACGUUCAGCCACCCAAAGUGAUUCUCGGAAAAUGGGCUAUUCUUGCCAUGGUGUUGGGUGCUGCCUUACUGUUAUGUGUUCUGUUUACGUGUUUCUGUGUGACCACUAAGAAAGUAGUGAAAAAAUGUUUUCCAGAAGAUGUAGCCCAGCAAAAUUUAAUUGUAUCAAAUACUGAAGGACCUGGAGAAGAAGUGAUGGAAGCAAAUAUUAGACUCCCUAUGCAGACCUCGAACAUUUGUGACACAAGCAUGUCUGUUGGUACUCUCGGUGGCCAGGGAAUCAAAACACAGCAAAGUUUUGAGAUGACCAAAGGAGGCUACACUUUGGAUUCCAACAAAGGAGGUGGACAUCAGACCCUGGAGUCCAUCAAGGGAGUAGGGCAGGAUCCUGGCAGAUACACAUACACGGACUGGCAGAGUUUCACUCAACCUCGGCUUGGUGAAAAGGUGUAUCUGUGUGGACAAGACGAGGAGCAUAAACAUUCUGAAGACUACGUUCGCGCGUACAACUAUGAAGGCAAAGGGUCUUUGGCCGGCUCAGUAGGCUGUUGCAGUGAUCGGCAGGAAGAAGAGGGCCUAGAGUUUCUAGAUCAUCUAGAACCCAAAUUUAGGACGUUGGCAAAGACAUGCGUAAAUAAAUAA